UCCCUUUCUCUUCCCCGCCCCCCCGCCCCCAGUCCCAGCACACCGCAGGAUGCAGCAGCUGGCGCCGCUUUCGCUCCCUCCAGCCCGAGUAUUUGCGGAAUUGGUCUCUCCUCCCUUUGGGACGCGGGGCCGGGAAAACGAGCCGCCUGGAGUGGCGGCCGGAGGGAUUCCUGGAUCUUUGCUGUCGCCGCCUGGGAGGGAGCUUCAUGUGAGCGGCAGCGCGGAGCUCAGCGCCAGCCCGGACCGGGCAAAAGUCACCGUCCGCUUGGGAAGCCGGAAAGGGGAGGCCGGCGCCGCCCGGAGCAGCGUGGCUCGGAGGCUGGACUAUGUCGCGCAGACCGCCCGGCAACUCGGCGCUGUUUCGGAGGACAAUGUGAUUGUGACAAGGAACUUUAGUAGAAUAGACAAUGCUUAUAAGAUGGAAGCAGAGGUCUGCAUUACAUUCAGUGAUUUUGGGAAAAUGCAAGAUGUCUGUAACUUUCUUGUUGAGAAGCUAGAUAGUUCUGUCAUUAUCAGCCUACCUCACUUUUACCAUACAGUAGAGACAGUCGAUGCCCUUCGGCGUCGAGUAUGUCUUGCUGCUGUUGGGAGUGCACAGCAAAAAGCUCAAGAAGUCUGUCGAUUAUUUGGCCAAUCACUGGGGAAACCUUUGCUAAUAAAGGAAGAGGAAGUGAAAGAAUGGGAAGGCCACCUAGAAAAUCAAACAGCCAGCUCCUCAGACUCACAAAGUUUGCAGCAGAGACUUCAAAGUGCCACCCUUUAUGCCUCCUCAAGGAUAUUUGCAGUUUUUGAGAUAAAAGGGGAGAAAAAGAGAAAACGAGCAGCUCUUAUGAAUGCGGACUGAUUUAUCCCUAGAAUCCUGAAUUAAGUUUGGUUUUUCUUUGGAAGAAAAAUGUUCUUAGGAAGCUCAACAAGAUUUCCAUAACAACUGGCAUUACAUAUAGGGCCAGUUUAGACUAUAGUCCAAACUGGGCCCUUAAAUUGAUGGGAGAGGAGCAUAAGUGCACAUGUGGCUCACUGGCAUGCAAGCAUCUAAUCACUUUCAGACCAAUCAGACACACAAUUGCGUUCAAUUAGGUGCUAGUGAGCCAGAUGGAGGGGAGACACGUGCACUCCCACUUCUCCCCUGUGAAUUUAAGUGGUCAGAUUGGAGUAUUGUCUGAACAGACCCAUGCACUUUUAAAAAAAGAAUUCCAUACAAUUGACCAUAGCUGAAAUCCUAUGUAUUACUUGAGAAUAUGCAUUGACACACUACACUCCCCACCCCCGCUUCUGAGUAAACAUGGACAGGAUCAGGUUUUUACAUACUUAAUACAUCUUUCACUUUCCCCCCCUGUCUUUUGUAGAAGGGUACAGUAUCUUCAUAAGUGGUUUUGUUUUUAAAAAAAACACUAUUCCUCAUGCAACGUUCCUUCUCCACCAAAAAAAUACCUCUGCUUUGAGAGAUCUUCAGUUAGUUGAUCUCGCCCCAAUGAUGUGUGUUAAUAAAACUAUCAGACAGGGGCCUGUUUACAUUUGGUGGCCAAUGACUCCGUAUUAGCUUAUUUAAUGGGUUUGGGACUGGCAGGGAAUAAUGCACCUGUUUACUUACAUAAUAGCAAUGUUGAGGAAAAUGCACAGAAUGUUUGUGUUAAGUUUCAAUCAACUAGUUGAACUCUAGUUAUUCAGACCCUCUGUCCAAAGCUAGGAGAAAAUGAAGUUCUUCAUUAUACUUCCAUUCAGUUAUUAAAUAGAGAAGAUUCUAAUAGUGCACUGAUUCCAUAAUCCCUUCAGGUUUAAGGUGCUGAUAGCUUGUGCAUACACUGCUUUCAGUGUUUCACUUGAGAAAGUGUUGAGAAAUUGACUUGUUACCUAAAAUGUAGAUUCAGAAGUUUUCUCCUAGUAUAGGAAGCAAAGGCUUUCUUGCACAUCUGACCUGGAAAUGAACAGAGGCAGUCAUUGUUCUUCGAGAGCCCUGAGUGCCCUAGAACGCUGAUCAUUACCAUCCUGUGUGUGCAUUAAGAAUCCAAAGCUGUUUGGUUUUUAAAAUAAAAUAUGUGUUUUUUACAACA